GAGCCCGUGUCGACAGGGCACUGGGCUCCGUGCCGGGGACCAGGGCAAGCCCCCCGCCAGAGCUCCUAGGACCAGACGCCACAGAAGCUUCCAGCCUGUCUCCUUGGGCCUCUCAGCACCAAGGGGAGAGGACACUUGGUCAAGGGAACCCCCUGAGAUGCACAGGGCCCUGGGGACUUGCUGGACAGCUGCUCUCACCCUCCUACCUCCAAGGUGCAUGGCUAGGAAUCUUCCAGGAGAAGCCCUGGGUGACCCGCAGCAGCAGCCCCCAUGCCCUCCCCCUGCAGGGACGCAUGGGCAGCCUCGCUCCAAGCACCAUCCGCCAACCAGCCGCAUCAGGGCCAUGCGGGGUGGUCAGGCACGGAGGACCUCGGGCUGCUGGGGACCUCUGGGCUCUGAAGCUGAGAACACUGCUGUCUCUACCCGGAGCACUGCUGUCUGCACCUGGGAGCACUGCUUGUCUGCACCUGGGAGCACUGCUUGUCUGCACCCAGAGCACUGCUGUCUGUACCUGGAGCACUGCUGUCUGCACSUGGAGCACUGCUUGUCUGCACCCGGAGCACUGCUGUCUGCACCCGGAGCACUGCUGUCUGCACYUGGAGCACUGCUUGACUGCAUCUGGGAGCACUGCUGUCUGUACCUGGAGCACUGCUGCCUGCACCUGGAGCACUGCUUGUCUGCACCCAGAGCACUACUUGUCUGCACCUGGGAGCACUGCUGCCUGCACCUGGAGCACUACUUGUCUGCACCUGGGAGCACUGCUGCCUGCACCUGGAGCACUGCCAUCUGUACCUGGGAGCUUCUCUACCCCCACACGGCCCGUGCAUUCCCACGUCUGGAAACUCCACAUGUCCAAGAGGACCCUCCACCAGUCCCACUGGAAUCCCAAGCCCCAGGGCAGACAUGUGACUCAGGUCCAUCUCUAUGCCGUCCCUGGGCUCAGUGGCUGGUUCAGGGGUGGAACACGACCCUAACCCACUGCCUURGCAAUUGAGGGAAACUGUUGGGAAGAAAUAAUCUCAGUUUCUGUUGGAAGGAGAGGUGGGAGGUAAACCAUGAGCUGCCAGGCACGCCUGGAGAAGGCAGAGCCAGAAGCGGCAGA